AUGUGCUAUUUUCUUUUGAUAAGUGUAUGGCCCGGAUUGUCUCAAGUGAAUGCUUUUGGUUUCAGGGUUAUCGGAACGCUGUCCAACUCACAAGAAUUCUCUGACGCCUUUUCUUGUCCAAAAGGAUCCCCGAUGAACCCACCAAAUAAAUGCGUGCUAUGGUAG